UGAGUCUAAAUUGAUAAGACAUCAUAAAUUGACUAAAUGACAUUGUCAUUGAUUUGACAAAAGUUUCUUUGUCAUUGAAGAGUCUAAGAAUAAGGAUAGAGAACUGAAAGUUAUAUUUUUCUUUCAUGUUCGUCAAAGUUAAAAUAUGAUGACACACUAUAUUGCACGUAAAACCUUGAAAGAUCCAGUGUCUUCAAUUCUUUCUACUAUAUCUUGAAUCGUCGAUUUUCCGGUACAGUUGUUUGGUUCUGAUUAAUGGUUGAAAAAGAAAAGAAAGAAAGAAAGAAAAAGUAAAAAGAAACACAAAUGGUGGUGAGGGUAGAAAAUAAGAAUUCUCAUAAGAAUAUGGGGCAAUUUACCAAUUUUGAAAAUUUCAAGGACUCCGACCUAAAUUCGUAGGAGAUAUAAAGCGUUUCCGUAGUGCUCGAAACCCAAAAUAUCUCAACCUUGAAGAGAGAAUCACGUUGAGCUGCUAGGGUUUUCUCCGGUUUCUUGUAAAGCAAUGUCUCGUGUAUAUGUUGGGAAUUUGGAUCCGAGGGUCUCUGAGCGCGAGCUUGAAGAUGAAUUUCGUGUAUUUGGAGUUAUUCGAAGUGUAUGGGUUGCACGAAGACCGCCAGGCUAUGCCUUCAUAGAUUUUGACGACCCCAGAGAUGCACGGGAUGCGAUUCAUGAAUUAGAUGGGAAGAAUGGCUGGAGAGUUGAACUUUCUCACAAUUCUAGAGGUGGUGGAGGUGGCCGUGGAGGAGGGGGUCGUGGUCGUUCCGGUGGUUCUGAUUUGAAAUGCUAUGAGUGUGGUGAGCCUGGGCAUUUUGCUCGUGAGUGCCGUUUACGUGGUGGUGGCGGUGGCGGUGGUGCUGGAAGAAGACGUAGCCGCAGUCCUCGAUACCGCCGGAGUCCAAGUUAUGGUCGCAGGAGUUACAGUCCCCGUGGAAGAUCUCCAAGACGUCGCAGCUUGUCACCUCGUGGGCGUAGCUUUAGUAGAUCACCUCCAUACCGUGGUAGAGAGGAGCUACCUUAUGCCAACGGAAAUGGCAUAAAGGACCGGCGCCGGAGCAGGAGCUGAAGACUACCAACUUCUCAACUUGCCUUAGUUAACACAUGAUGUUUAGAGGAUUACUCCGAGUCUAUAUGUUUUUAGUGCUUGGACUUCGUAUGGGACCUUUUUAAAAUCGGGCGACGCCCUCAGCCUCUACUUUUGAGUUUGGAUAAGUCCUUUCUAUCUUCUGUUUGAAUUGUUUUUCUUUUAGUUGAUCAGUAUAGUUGUAGGAUACUAAAAUAUCAUUAGUUCAUAUUUAUUUUGAUAAUGUUAUUAAGCAAAUGUCUUGAAGGGCACUGCUAAAGAUGUAUGUUUUUUUUUCCUUGUUGAGGUGUCGUCUCGUUCUGCCUCACUGCUUUUCUGCUUCUUGUCGUCUGCUUCUGCUUCACUGCUUUUCUGCUUCUGCCCUAUCCUCCGGGAUUUCGUUCUACACUGCCCAGCUCUGGGAUCUUCAAUUUGAAAGGUUGUAGGUCCCAGCCGGCUAUUGAUUGAAUCUCUCUGCGGUUGUCUUGCACGCUCUCAUAUUGUUUAUGGGAUUCCUUUUUAAUUAACUUGAUGAGGCAUGAGGAACGACAUCAAAUGCUUCUGGCAGGUACAUGAAAAACUGUUCUACAGAAGUUUGGGUUGGGAUUUUUAUAGAAAAUCAGCUUUUUUUAAGGCAUCUGCAUUGCAUUCUUCUCUUCGUAGCAUUUACGUCAUCACAUUAGGAGGAUGUUCUUCCAUAUCAUUUAUUAUCAUUUGAUCUGUUUCUCCCUUGUUGUCUCUUGGUAACAUCAUUGAUCAUUUGAAUCUCGAGAGUUAACUUCGCUCUACAUGUGACUGUUUAGGACGUUUGCAUCUCCUUAGGUAUGGUUCUAUUAAUUGAGGGGUGAUUAAGCUUUACUAGUCAGUAUCUUGUGAACGGGAAUUUCUUUUGAAAUUUUUAUUUCAAUUUUUAUAUAUUAAUUUUUUUCUUGAUUACGACUGCUUGUUUGGUGGGUCGGUUGUGACUGCUUGGCCACGUUGCCUGUAAGUGACUUGUCUCAAGAUGAGCAACCUCUACCCAACUGAGUGCUAGUGGGAGUUCUCUUCCGUGCCACUCGAUCUCCUAUUUCAAUGAUCCUUUAGAUUAUCGUGUUCGUGUUCAAGUUCUGCACAUCUAGCAGAGACUUGGUUCGUUUCCCAUCUGCGUUCUUAUCUCUCAAGAGAAACAUAAGUGUUCCUGUGGGUUUGUCAUCGGAAGUCGUCAUGCCCGCCAGUUUCCCCUCGUCUUAGUAUGCGGAUGCUAGGUCCUUGUCUGCCUAUACAACCAUGCACGUUCUAUAUAAUAUGUAAUCAAGAUUUUGUAAUUUGGCUUUUGCUUUAUCUUUUGCGAAUGUUUUUAUAAUUGCCAGGCUGGAUCUUUUGAUUUUUUAGACAACAUUUGACUAUCCGUAGCUGGAAAUGCUAACCUCUACUUCUUUGCCUCCCAA